CUCUUCUGUUCGCUUUCAAACUACAGAAAAAAACUAACACAAUGGACAAACGUCAAUUGAACGCUUCGACCGAACCCUCCUUCUUGCAAUCCGUCAAAGCCGAAUUGUUCGCUCCCGAAAAACGUCAAGGCACCAUCAACAUUGCACUGUCUUUGACCGUCUUCACUGGCGCCAUUGUCUUCCUCCGCAACUUUGGUGACUUACUGGCCGUUUAAAUUCAACCCUCCAUUCUCGGGAUCUUUUCUCGCUUUCUCUUUCUCUCAAAAACGAGUUACACUUGAAUCAUUCAACAUUCGAUAGAAAAACUUAUAUUUUUUU